AUUCUGUUCUUAUCCUAGUAGUUCUAAACAACAUCUGAACUUACAUCUCCUUAAGAAAAUAAGAGCAUGUGGUGGGGUUCCUUCAGUUGUGAGUUGCAGAGAAGAGCAGCAGCAACAGGAAAAAAAUAGCAGUUCAAAGCUUCAUAACAGAAAAUGCCGCCUCCUUCUGUAUUGCAGGUGGGUUCCGCGAUCACAGUUGGAUCCACGCAAAGUCUCGCUCGCAGAUCUCUGCAACCAUUGCGGGCUUCUUUGCAUAUCUCCACAGCAACAAGAGCUAAAAUAUCCACACACUUUUCUGCGCUUUUAAACAAUUACACCCAAUCAGAGCAUAGAAGUUUGAGAAUUAUACGAAGGUCAGCAGAAGUUUCAAAUGAAAGCAAAACAGAGGAGGAGGAUGACGGGGCGUCCAUAGCACAGGGGCCGGACGAUGACGUGCCCGAGGAAGGGCAGCAGUUUGCCCAGUUCGCGGCAGGGCGCUUUUGGUCCGUCGUGGAGGCGUUUCUGGAGGCUCCCGGCGUGACGAAUAUGCAUGUGGGUUAUUCCCAGGGGCACCUGCAUAAUCCCAGAUGUGAUUUAGUUAGAGGAGGAAACACCGGCCACGCUGAGGUCGUGCGGAUUCAGUACGACCCUACGCAAGUUUCUUACGACCAGCUUUUGGACAUCUUUUGGGAAUGCCACGAUCCUACCCAGAAGAAUCGCCAGGGAUAUUUUUUGGGUUCGCAAUACAGAUCUGGCAUUUAUUUCUAUUCACCAGAACAGGAGAAAGCUGCACGUCAAUCACUUGAGAGACAACAAAAGAAGCUGGACAAAAAAGUUGUUACAGAAAUUCUACCUGCAAAAAAAUUCUACAGAGCUGAGAAAAUAUUACUAAGACGGCAUCGCUGGGAAAGGAGACUUUUGGGUGGAGAAAAACUGUCAGCAACCUCGUAUAAUCAACCCAAACUGCUGGCAGCCAAAGAGCAUGAGGAUCCAGAACCCAAACUACCGGCAGCCAAGGAGCACGAGGAUCCAGUUAAAGUCUAGGAACUUUUCCACAAACAUCUUUUUCGGGGAUGAUUGUUCUUGCCAUCCUAUUCUUAGGAAAACUCUUUUCUUUUUGUUCUAAGGUAAAUUUGGGUGAGCACCAAAUAUGGGACAAAUCGAUUCAUUUGGUAGUUGAUUUUUUGAGUUAAUAUUCACAGGAAAGAAAUGAAAAGUUCACUUAACUAAUGCCCCUUCUUGUGCCUCUUGUGCUUUAGCAUAAUGCCAAAGCCAUAUUCAAAUCUGGAUAUUUCAAACUUCUUAACAUCCCAGAUAAAAGGAUACUAAAAUGGCUAAUUUGCUUUCAUAUUAGCAUCCCUUUUUGUAUUGCUUAUGGUGUCUUGUUCAGUGCCCCGUUUAUGUUAUGGGGCACUUCACACAGGAAGCAAUCUAGAUACUGAUGGUGUACUUAUUUGCAUCCCUACUUAAUAAAACUGAUUGAUGCCAA